CGCCCGGCCGGCCCCCGAUGCAUCAUCGGUUGGGUUUGGUGAACUUCUCUCAAGCUAGCAUGCACAUGCACAUGCACACCCUCUCUCUGCUGCGGUAUUUGUGUAUGCAUGGUAGCUAGCCAAUCCACGUUGCAACCGCAGCAAAAAGAAAAGGCGCCCAUCGUCCAUGUGUCUCCUUCAAUUUCACCCCCUGCACCAACAAACGCAGGCUCGAUCUCUCACCAGCUGCUAGCUGCUCCAUUCAUCUAUCGACGUGCAUCCUUGUCAAACAGACCAGAGACCUGUGAGAGCAGGCCUUAUUGUGUGAUGAGUUGCGCGCCUACCAUGCAUAUACUCUAUACCCUUUUCUUUGCACAUAACACAAGUAAGGUCGCAUGCAGUCGCAGGCGAAGCAAAGAUGGAUGAUUUGAUGCGCCCACUCGAUCUGAAUAUCUAUCUGAUCAGCGGCAUGCAUGGUCACUGAGGAGGAUGUCAUGCAUGUGUAUAUGCAUGGAAAACAUAGUACCCCUGUGUGUGAAAGGGACCGGGUCUCGAUCGCCUGUCCUAGGCUCCUAGCUAGCUCUGCUGCUUGUGCUUGAACUUGUCAACCAAGUGUCAUCCUAGCUAGCUAGUUCGGUCUUCUUCUCACCUGCCCCGAUGCUUAGCUACCUAUUAUAAGUUGCUUCUUCCAGUGCUUUGCUUUGGUUGCAACGCUAGCUCUCUCAUGCAUUUUGUCCUCUCAGGUCUCUCUUCCCCUGCUGCUUGGUGCCACUUGGGAGACUCCUGUGUUGCAAGCAUAUAUAUAUACAUCACAACAGCUGAACUCGAUCUCUCUCUCUCAUAUACAUACAAGGGUUGAUCAUAUCCACAUAUAUAGCUAUAGCUUGCCGGAGGAUCAAGGGACCAUAUAUAUACAUACAUACAGUCAGUCUACUGAUCGUCGACGACGAUCGACAAAGCUCGCCUUCUCUUGCCUUUCCUGCUGCUUGUUGCUGCACAAGAUCAUCAGGCGACACCGAGGAUUUUGUUCAUCUCAGCUAGCUAGCUAGCUACACCUCCUCUUGGCGCAUCAAGAUGAGGGGCUUCGUCGCUUGCGCCGUUGCAGAGAAACGCCACCGCUUGGACAGGACAUUAUUUAGCGGUUUGAGCAAGAAGGACUGCAUCGGGAGGUACUACGCCAAGGAUGCCACCAAGUACAGGCCGUUCAGCGCGCUGCUGCCCGAGGGGGGCUGGAGCGGCAAGGUGCUGUACGUCAAGCUCGUGCUCGUCCUCCUCAUGUGCGGCUCCUUCAUGGGCCUCCUCAACUCGCCGUCCAUCCACCUCGCCGACGAACGCCACCACCACGCGCAAGGCGUGGAAUGCGAGCUGGACGUCGCACCCCGACGCGGCGAACUCCGGGUACGCGUCGAGCCUGAGGAUCGACUGGUCGCAGGUCCAGACAGCGGCGAAGCAGGUCGCUCCGCCGGCGGGCGGCGGCGCCACGCGUGUGGCGCUGCUCAACUUCGACGACGGCGAGGUCCAGGAGUGGAAGGCGCGGAUGCCGCACACGGACGCCUCCACGGUGCGCCUGGACCACGUCGGGAGCGACGUCACCUGGGACCACCUGUACCCGGAGUGGAUCGACGAGGAGGAGCACUACGGCGCGCCGGCGUGCCCGGACCUGCCGGAGCCUAAGGUGGCCAAGGAGGAGGAGGCGUACGACGUCGUCGCGGUCAAGCUGCCUUGCGGGCGCGCGGCGAGCUGGUCCAAGGACGUGGCGCGCCUGCACCUGCAGCUGGCCGCGGCGCGUCUCGCGGCCGCGCGCGCGCCCCGCGGCGGCGGCGGGCAGGCGGCGCACGUGCUCGUGGUCAGCCGGUGCUUCCCGACGCCCAACCUGUUCAGGUGCCGGGACGAGGUGGCGCGCCACGGCGACGUGUGGCUGUACAGGCCGGACGUGGGCGACCUCACCCGGAAGCUGGAGCUCCCCGUGGGGUCCUGCAAGCUGGCCAUGCCAUCCAAAGCGCUAGGCGAACAUUACGCGUCGGCGGCGCCGCAGCGCGAGGCGUACGCCACGAUCCUCCACUCGGAGCAGCUGUACGCGUGCGGCGCCGUCACGGCGGCGCGGAGCAUCCGGAUGGCGGGGUCCGGGCGGGACAUGGUGGCCCUGGUGGACGAGACGAUCAGCGCGCGGCACCGCGCCGCCCUGGAGGCGGCCGGGUGGAAGGUGCGGACGAUCCGGCGCAUCCGCAACCCGCGGGCGUCGCGGGACGCGUACAACGAGUGGAACUACAGCAAGUUCUGGCUCUGGACGCUCACGGAGUACGACCGGGUCAUCUUCCUGGACGCCGACCUGCUGGUGCAGCGCCCCAUGGAGCCUCUGUUCGCGAUGCCCGAGGUGAGCGCCACGGGGAACCACGGCGCCUACUUCAACUCGGGCGUCAUGGUCGUGGAGCCCUGCAACUGCACGUUCCGCCUGCUGGCGGACCACGUCGGCGACAUCGAUUCGUACAACGGCGGCGACCAGGGGUACCUCAACGAGGUGUUCUCGUGGUGGCACCGCCUGCCGUCGCACGCCAACUACAUGAAGCACUUCUGGGAGGGGGACACGGAGGAGCGCGCCGCGGCCAAGCGCCGCGUGCUGGCGGCCGACCCGCCCAUCGCGCUCGCCGUGCACUUCGUCGGCCUCAAACCCUGGUUCUGCUUCCGGGACUACGACUGCAACUGGAACGUGCCGGCGCUGCGCCAGUUCGCCAGCGACGAGGCGCACGCGCGCUGGUGGAAGGUGCACGACGCCAUGCCGCGGCGCCUCCAGGGGUUCUGCCUGCUGGACGAGCGGCAGAAGGCGCUGCUGUGGUGGGACGUCGCGCGGGCGAGGGAGGCCAACUUCUCCGACGCCCACUGGAGCGUCCGGAUCGCCGACCCACGCCGGAGUAUCUGCGCCGGCGGCGACGCCGAGGCCUGCCGCGAGAGGGAGAUCGCCGGCCGCCGGGUGGAAGGGAACCGGAUCACCACGUCGUACGCCAAGCUAAUUGACAAUUUCUGAAUUCAGACGGCAGUAAUAGCGUCAUAUUCAUCCCGGCCGUCGGCGGCUGGUCAUCCAACGGCGCGUCACGCGUGCUCGUGCCUAGCGAGAAGCUUUCGAAUUUUGGUGCUAUCCACCAUCCACAUCCAUGGCCAUCAGUAUUGACCUAAGAUGGUAGAGUGAGAUGAUGUUAGCGUAAAAAACAGAAACUACACACUAAUAUAUCUAUGAGAUAGUACGAUUCACAUGAGUUGCGACCGCAUACACACAAAUAAAUAUUACACUUUAUUCC